UGCACCAGGAAAACUGGUAAGGCGUUGUGAAUGCCUGAAAUAAAGGCGGACAUUGACGUGAAUGGCAACAAUUAAGCGAUUCUGAACGGUCCCGAGACUAACAUGCGUAUGCCCAUCACUCAUUCACUAUUUCAAAUACUCCAAACCCACAAUCCAAAUUCCAAGAAUAAGCUCAAAAUUCAAGCGAAAGACGGAAAAAAAAAGUUUAAGAUUAUUUGUGAGAGUCGAAAUUUUCGAAAAUGUCGUGGCAAACAUAUGUUGAUGAUCAUUUGAUGUGUGACAUUGAGGGCCAUGAAGGCCACCGCCUCACCGCAGCUGCCAUCGUCGGCCAUGACGGUUCUGUUUGGGCUCAGAGCGCUACCUUCCCUCAGUUCAAGCCAGAGGAGAUGAAUGGAAUUAUGACAGAUUUCAAUGAACCUGGUCAUCUGGCACCAACAGGCCUACAUCUUGGAGGAACAAAGUAUAUGGUGAUUCAAGGAGAGGCUGGAGCUGUCAUCCGUGGAAAGAAGGGAUCUGGUGGUAUUACCAUUAAGAAGACUGGCCAAGCACUAGUUUUUGGUAUCUACGAGGAGCCUGUAACUCCAGGACAAUGCAACAUGGUUGUCGAGAGGUUGGGAGACUAUCUCAUUGAUCAGGGCCUGUAAGCCGAAAAAUAUAUCAUGAUCUUCGUGCUUCUUUUUUUGGAUAAUUGAUUUUCUUUUUUGCUUUCUGCAUUUGAGCCUUUGUCAUCUUUUGAGGUACAAAUUAGGUCAAGAGGACAAUAAGUGAGCUCGUUAUAAGCUGUUUAGAAAAUUUUGGAUUGCCUUGAUAGAAUCUAUCUCUGCAGUUUUCCUCUUACUCUCUUUAUGAGGAGGCUGCAACUUGUACGAAAUUUCCUGGUCGAAGUAGGAAUAACUAUGUCUGAUUUCUUGUGGAACUUUUGGGUGGAAAAAUUCGACUAGUUCUG